AUGCACGACGUUCAUGCGACAUCUCCAUCCCAAUUAAUGGACGAUAUUAUUGGGUAUAGAAGUGCAUGCAGGUUGAUAGGUUGGGAACCAAAACAAGACUGUGUUGCUGCUUACAACGUUAUUGCUUUUCAUGUAAAUCUAAAAACUAGCCUUACAAACCUUCCUGUUGGCUCAGCAGUGAAAUUCGAAAAUGUUCAGUUAAACAAAGGAAACGGUUACGAUCCUAAAACAGGAGUCUUCACUGCUCCUGAGGACGGAGUAUAUUCGUUUGCGUGGUCAAUCCUGACGAAAACUGGGAGUACAGUGUACAUUGCUGCUGUCGUAGACGAUGUUAAUCACGCAUUUACUUGCAUAGACACCCAGCAGAGUAAAUGGAUCAAUAGUUCAGGCCAUCUUCUUUACGAACUCAAAAAGGGAAAUAAAGUAUGGAUAAAGAUUUUUCAAACCCCAACCAAUUAUCUCCAUGGUGGAUUCUACACGUUCUUUUCUGGGAGUAAAAUAAUUUCUAUUUGA